CUCCUGUAAAAUAGAGAUAAUAAGAAACACUUCACAGCAUCUUGUGAAGUUUAGAGGUUACGUGAUGGUGAAGUGCCUUGCGCUUGAUUAAUGGUAGGUCUUGUUAAGUCUCUAAUGGUGACAUUCUGUGGCUUCCCCAAACAGCAACCUUGCCAACUUGAUGUCCACUGCCGCUACAUGCAUUUGUUUAUUUGCAAUCCUUCGUUUUCAUUCUGGUGGUAACUUAACUUUCAUAUUAUUAUUAGAUGCCUUGCCUCACAAUCGUUUUCUUAGAAAUUCAAUCUCUUCUCCACAGGGUCUCUUUGAGAUUAAAGAGAAAGAAGUGGCACAUUUAGGAUCUGAGAGCAAUUUUCAUUUAAAAGAAGAUCAUUGUUUUCAUUACCCUAUCAUUAAUGUUUUCUGUUUUCCUUUAUCAGGGAGUUAGUUUGAAGUGAUUUGUGUUGCCAAACCGAACGCUUGUUUUCCUGCAAGAUGAAAGGAGACAGCCAUGAAUGAGCCACUGGACAGUUUUGCAAAUGCUUCUUCCGACUUCCCCGAUUUUGCAGCGCCUUUUGGAAAUUGCACUGAUGAAAAAAUCCCACUCAAGAGGCACUACCUCCCUGUAACAUAUAGCAUCAUCUUCCUGGUGGGCUUUCCAGGGAAUGCAGUAGCGAUUUCCACUUACAUUUUCAAAAUGCGGCCGUGGAAAGGCAGCACCAUCAUUAUGCUGAACCUGGCCUGCACAGACCUGCUGUAUCUAACCAGCUUCCCUUUCCUGAUUCACUACUAUGCCAGCGGCGAAAACUGGAUCUUUGGGGAUUUCAUGUGCAAGUUCAUCCGCUUCGGCUUCCAUUUCAACCUGUACAGCAGCAUCCUCUUCCUCACCUGUUACAGCAUCUUCCGAUACUUCGUGAUCAUUCACCCCAUGAGCUGCUUUUCCUUUCACAAGACUCGAUGGGCCGUGGUGGCCUGUGCUGUGGUGUGGAUCAUUUCCCUGGUGGCCGUCAUUCCCAUGACCUUCCUGAUCACAUCAACCACCGGGCCCAAUAGAUCGGCCUGCCUUGACCUCACCAGUUCGGAUGACCUCGCCACUAUCAAAUGGUACAAUCUAGUUUUGACUGCAACUACUUUCUGCCUUCCCCUGGUGAUAGUGACACUGUGCUAUACAAUGAUUAUCUGCACCCUAACCCAAGGACCUCAGAAUCACAGCUGCCUUAAGCAGAAAGCUAGAAGGCUAACCAUUCUGCUACUCCUCGUGUUUUACAUAUGUUUUUUACCCUUCCACAUCUUGAGGGUCAUUCGGAUCGAAUCUCGACUGCUUUCAAUCAGCUGCCCCAUCGAGAAUCAGAUCCAUGAAGCGUACAUCGUUUCUAGGCCGUUAGCCGCCCUGAACACCUUCGGUAACCUGUUACUGUAUGUGGUGGUCAGUGACAACUUCCAGCAGGCCCUCUGCUCGAUGGUGAGAUGCAAAGCCAGUGGGGACCUGGAACAAGCAAAACAAAUCAGUUACUCAAACAACCCUUGACAUACUUCAUUUAGUCAACCAAGAAGAAAAGCCUGCUGAUAUUUUAACUUCUAAGUCCAGAACGGCUCCCUCAGUGGCUCUCAGGAAAUAUUGUAUGUUCAGGUAAUCACGUGCCAAAGCCAGGACGGGGCUACCGGGAGUUCUUGGUAACCCAUUUAUUGAGAUCUUCCCUAGGGUAGAGGUAAGAAUGGGAUACAUGCGUAUCAGCAGAAGAUUCACAUGUAGAAUCCAAACUAUUAGAAAUCAGGGACAUCUUGCGAAACAUCUAGUCUUGGGGCACCCGCAUGGCUCAGUUGGCUAAGCCUCCAAAUCUUGAUUUCGAUUCAGGUCAUGAUCUCGAAGUUCAUGAGUUCGAGCCCCUCACUGGGGCCUGCACUGGCACUGAGGAGCCUGCUUGGGAUUCUCUCUCACCCUUUCUCUCUCUGUCCUCCUCAGCUCUCCCUUUCUCUCUCCUCUCUCUCAAAACAAAAAAAUAGAUAAACUUAAAAAAAAGAAAAACAUGCCCUAGAUCUGUCAGGAAGUUAGUGCCAAGAUUGGAGAAAACCAAGCUACUCACUCAUGGUUUCAUGCCCCCUUCAUACUGGGGCCUGUUUGUGUUGAACCCCCAGACUAUCCAAGGCAUUAUUUAUCUCUUUUUCAGUAUUCUUUUUGUUUUCAUUUCAUAGCUUUAAAACUUACUCUUUCAAACUUUGCUUUGAGGCCAUUAAACUGCGUUUCUCACAAGGCUUUAGUCAAGUAGAUUCAAGGUGGUCAGUACAAUUCACCUGAGACACCCCAAAGAUGUCAGUGCAAAUAGCAACAUAUGUGGGUCAUUAUGUCUGUAUUGUUGUAGGUCGUUUUAAAAGUUGCUGCUGAGUUUAUAAAAAUGAUCAACUAAUACUAGUUAUUAUCACCACAUCCUGGGGAAGGAGGAGCCACUUCUUGGGGAAACAGAAGUCCUUUUAAAUACCUUGUAUAUAGGGGCGACUGGGUGGCUCAAUCGGUUGGGUGUCCAACUUCGGCUCAGGUCAUGGUCUCACUGUUCGUGGGUUCGAGCCCCGCGUCGGGCUCUAUGCUGACCACUUGGA